GAAGUUAAUGGAGAGACAGAGUUAACCUGCAGCCCUCACAGACGUUUUGUGUUUCAUUGGAUAUCCUGAUGAGCCCUGUUAAUAUGGGUUUGUGAUUGGCAUGGCAGAGGUCACCCGGUGGUAAUGUUUUAAUGGAUCACAACAAGAAAAACCCUGAUUGAUCCACAGCAGUGAGCAGGAAGUGUUGACCCCGUCCUUCUUCCAGCUGGGCACUAUGGAAUCGUCCACACUGGGGAAGGCAGCAUCUCUGGACACUCUCAUAAAUGAAUGCAUUCAUAUAUUUGAUGACAGCGGGGAGCUGCAGGCCAACUUACUCCCUCGCAGCCUGCUGCUGAUGCAUCGCUGGUACAUCACAUCCUCAGAAUUGGCGGGAAAACUACUGACGAUGUACCGGGACUGCACAGGUGACAGCUGCCAGAGAACCAGGUUGAAGAUUUGUUAUUUAAUGAGGUACUGGAUUGUGACAUUCCCUGCAGAGUUCUACCUGGAUUUUGGUCUGAUCCGGAUAACAGAGGAGUUCAGAAGUGUGGCUGCUCAGCUCGGCUGUGACAAGCAUUUCAAGCUCCUUGACAUCUCCACCAUUCCAUCAUAUGACUGGAUGCGUAAGUUGACCCAACGCAAGAAGCAGGCAAAGAAAGGCAAGGCAUCAUUGCUCUUUGAUCACCUGGAGCCCAUGGAGCUGGCUGAGCAUCUCACCUUCCUGGAGUUCAAGUCUAUACGGAGGAUAUCGUUUACAGAUUACCAGAGCUACGUUAUCCAUGGCUGCCUGGUGGACAACCCAACUCUGGAGCGCUCCAUCGCUCUGUUCAAUGGAGUGUCACAGUGGGUCCAGCUUAUGGUGCUCAGCAAGCUAACACCUCAGACCCGCGCAGAGGUUAUUACCAAAUACAUCUAUGUGUCUCAGAAACUUCUGCAGCUGCAGAACUUCAACACUUUGAUGGCAGUGGUUGGGGGCCUGAGCCACAGCUCCAUUUCUCGACUAAAGGAUACUCACACUCAUCUGGCUCCAGAAGUUGUGAAGACCUGGAGCGAGAUGACAGAGCUGGUCUCUUCCAACAACAAUUACUCCUGUUACCGAAAGGCCUUCAGUGAAUGCCAGGGCUUUAAAAUCCCAAUCCUGGGUGUGCACCUUAAGGACCUGAUUGCAGUGCAUGUGGUCUUUCCUGACUGGGUUCAUGACAGUAAGAAGAUGAACCUGGUGAAGAUGCAUCAGCUCUACAUCACCUUCAAUGAGUUGGUGUCACUGCAGAGUGCAGUGGCUCAGGUGGAGCCCAACAUGGACCUAAUCUACCUGUUAACGCUUUCUUUAGACCUUUACUACACAGAAGACGAGAUUUAUGAACUGUCUUUGCUAAGGGAACCACGUAACCCCAAAUUUCUGCCCACCUCUCCAACAACUCACAACAAGCUCCUGGUCCCACUGGACUGGGCCUCCGGUGUCACCACCAAACCAGACCCUUGUGUGGUCAAUAAACACAUCAGGAAAGUGGUGGAUUCUGUGUUCAGGAAUUAUGACCAUGACCAUGAUGGCUAUAUUUCUCAAGAGGACUUUGAGAGCAUUGCUGCUAAUUUUCCCUUCCUGGACUCCUUCUGCGUUUUGGACAAAGAUCAAGAUGGAUUGAUCAGUAAGGAUGAGAUGAUAGCAUAUUUCCUCCGGGCCAAUCCACUGCUGCAGUGUAAGAUGGGUCCAGGUUUCAUCCACUGCUUCCAGGAGAUGACGUACUUGAAGCCCACCUUCUGUGAACACUGUGCUGGAUUUCUCUGGGGAAUCAUCAAACAGGGCUACAAGUGCAUAGACUGUGGUGUUAACUGCCAUAAACAGUGUCGGGAGCUGCUGGUUCUGGCCUGUAGGAAGCUUAUCCGCUCGAGCUCUCUGAGGAGCAUUUCACCAGCCAGACUGACCCACAGCUCACUGCCCAGUAGCCCAGCAGUGCCCACCUGUGGAGAUGAGGAUGAGGUGUUUGCGUUCCCAGUGGUCACAUCAACAGGUCCAGCUCUGGACUCUCAGUCCAUCACCCUGAUGACUGGGUCAGCCCAGAGGAUUUCUGUGCGCCUGCAGAGGGCUCCCACCAGCCAGGCCACCCAGAGCGAUCCCCUGUGGCCCAAACACAACUGGGGGGCCACAGAUGGUGGCUCACACACCUUCCCCAAAAUGAAAUGCAGGACUCACAGGAAAACUUCGAAAAGUAAAGGUUUUGCCUGCUGGGAAAACCAGAAGGAGCAGACAGUUUCUGCACGGUGCAGCACUGACUCUGAGGAGAAGUCUGCCAUCUCAGGAGAGCUUGUGCACAAUGGGAUUACACACAGAGGGAAGGACAGCUGACUUGAUAAUUUUGGUGAGUGCCAUACCCUGGGGUCCAGAAAGCCCCUAGGGGCUGGGACCAGGAAGCUCUUCUGUUUGGCAGAUAUUCUGGGUUGCCUGAGAUCCCACUUCAGUGACCUGGAGUUAUCAUGUCCUCUCUAGUCGCCAGCACAAGCAGAGCUACAUGUGGACACUGUGAAGCUGCAUUAAAGGACAAAAUGCAUGGUCUCUGGCAGAGAAAACAAAAAGGAAACAGAUGAGCUCAGUGGAUACUGGACACCCACGGUUAAUUAUGUGAAGAGACAUCCACCUUGGCAGCAUAAUCCGCUUGGGAUCAGUGUAAUUUACGUCUGAGUUUGAUUCGGGAUGUACAUAACAUCACCUCUUGAAAAAGUGAAGAAACAUGUUUUAAACUUCCAGGGCACGAAUGGAUUCAGUUUAGUGCAUCAAAGACACAAAGUUACUUUAUCUCAGACAGCUUUUUAAUUUGAUAGGGUGCAGUAUGAUACAGUAAAAGGCUGAUCUGAUGAAAGCAACAAGCAAGUUCUUGAUGGUCAUUUCCCAAGUUGGAAUGAUCAGAAAAAGCAUGGUGGAUAUGGGGCAGUAUGUAGAUAUGUGUAUGGUGAGUUAAAAAUGGAAAGUCUAAAGGUAUGUGUAUUUUAAGGGCAUCCAACCCAUCUGACAUAUACAACUUUGAAGAUUGAUGGUUCUGAAAAACCCUGGAAUCUAUUAAAUGAUAUUUCUGAGUGGUCAUUGCCAAUGUUUUUAAUGUAAUACCUCUCUCUCCUCUGUUGUCCUCCUGCUGAACCUUUCAUCAGCUUUUGGCACAGUAAACCAUCAGACCCUCCUCUACAUCCUCCACAAACUGGGAGUGUCUGACCCAGCACUCUCCCUGUUCCAAUCCUACCUCAAAGGCCAAACUUACAGGGUAAUUUUUAGAAGAUCUGUGUUUGAACCUUCUAGCCUCACUACCAGGGAACCUCUGGGUUCUGUUAUAGGUGGCAUCGUCUUUUCUCUGUACAGCAAGUUACUGGGCUCUCUUAUUCACUCACAUGGCUUUUCAUACCACAGCUAUGCAGGUGACAAACUAAUUCUGUCCUUUCCAUGGUCUGAAAACCCAGAUGGCUGACAUCUCUCAGUGGAUGUUGACACCACCUGAAGCUCCUUCUGGACAAGACUGAGCUGCUUUUUCUUCCAAGGAAGACAUCUCCUAUCCACAACCUUUCCAUUAGCAUGGAGAACUCUGUGUUAUCUGCGACUCGGACUGCAAGGAACCUGGGUGUGACACUGGAUGACCAGCUGUCAUAUGCUUUCAAUAUUGAUGUGAUAACCCGCAGCUGCAUAUGACCACAACAUCAGAAGAAUAGUUGUUUUCCUUACCCAGAGGGCGGCACAUUGUUCUCCCCCACUACACUGCUCCUCCACACACUGCACUGUCUACCAAUGCCUGCUCGAGUCCAAUUAAAGUCACUGUUACUUAACUUUGAUGAAUUUGAUGUAUUUGCAUGAUUCUUGCAAUUUCUGGGUGGCAUCUUCCAGGGUAAAUGCACUUAUUGUAAGUCCCUUUGGAUAAAAGCAUGAACUAUAUGAAUGUCACAAAAUGUAAUUCAUGCAACUAUUCCUGACAACUACAGUGUGGUAAACUCUCCCAUAGCCUUAAUUCAUUCAUGAGCAGAUGU